AGUCCUCCACGCACGCACGCACGCACGACCAGUUGCCACGGCAGACCACCCCGCCCAGCGGCCAGCUUGCUCGCCACGACCACGAUGGGCUUCCCCGUGGGGUACUCGGAGUCGGAGAUGCUGCUCCCGCGCGUGCUGCUGCAGGUGCUCCUCCUCCUCGGCCACUUCCACCGCUUCCUCCUCUGGGCCUUCCACGCCGUGGGGCUCGGCGACCUGAUCGACCUCGGCUGCAACUACCCGCCGCCCUCCGCGUCCACGGCGCAGGAGAUGAUGGAGCACCAGCACCAGGGGCGCGACGACGUGGCCUCCCCGCUGCAGCACCAGCGCCCGGAGUUCAGGCCCGUCGCGGCGGCGCUCAUCGAGGAGGCGCUCCCCGUGGUGCGGUUCGACGAGCUGUGCGGCGCGGCGUGCGGGGGCGGCGACUGCGCGGUGUGCCUGGGCGGCAUCGGCGGCGGCGACGAGGUGCGGCGGCUCGGCAACUGCCGCCACGCCUUCCACCGGGCCUGCCUGGACCGCUGGAUGGCGCACGACCAGCGCACCUGCCCGCUCUGCCGCGCGCCGCUCAUCCCAUGGGCCGCCGACGCCGACUACGACAUGUCCUAUCCGUCUCCCCUGCCGCCCACGCCACUGCGGCGGCCUCACGAGCUGCUGCUGCUGCUUACCGGCCUGGGCGGCUUCCAGUGAUGCGCCUGCGCGUGGGCAGCGUGGCUGGCACUUGGGCAGGCCGGCCACGCGAAUCCGAUCCGUGGCGAGGCAAACCGCGUGCUCAUGUGCGGCCCAGCACGCCCGGUCGGUCAGGCGGGUGACCGCCGCCAAACCUGCUCAGUUGCCAGCCGUACACGCUUGGCCUCGUCUUCGGUCGUGUCUCCGACUCCGUUGGUUUUUUACAGAGGCUCCCAGUCCCAGGUCAAACAAAAAAAGAGGCGAAACAGACAAAGCACUCGGAAAUUAGGCAGGUACUGUACUAGGUUGAUCUGUAGGCCGAUUGGGCGACUCCAAAUCUGUGGAGCUGUGAAUCCUUUGGCAGAUUAAACUAAAAAUUGUCUCUAUAGAUCAGACCAUC